AUGCCCCGCAACGCAGUCCCCGAUGCAUGGGAUGACGACUGGGAGCCCGAAGCCGCAGCCUCAAAGACACCUUCAGCACAAAGACCACGCAGUACCGCCAGCAGUCCUGAUGGCGGCGUACCUCUGACCGCCGCAGAAAGGAUUGCCCGUCAUGAGGAGUCCAACCGGCGGCUGUGGCAGUCAGCGGACGCGCCAGAGGAUUUCCAGACGCAUCAGUACCUCCCGGCAACCAACAACGUGACCCCCGUCGUCUUCAAGCCUGCCAUGAAGGUGCUCAGUCGCAGGCCGGGCAACACACCGGUCGACGACAGCGAAAGGCUGGCCGCCGCGACGACCCAGCAGCUGACGCAGGAGCAAAUGCGCCUGCAGCGCGAGGAGAAGCAGCGCAGGUACAACGAGGCCCGGGCCAAGAUCUUUGGCGAGCCGUCGUCGUCGCCGUCGGCAGCCAACUUGACAGGCGCGACCAACUCGGGUGCCUCCACCCCAGGGACCGUCACCCCGCCGCUUUCGGAUGGUGGUGCAGGGGGUGCCUCGGCGAGGCACAGGCGGAGGGGCAGCAGGGGUAAUGGGCGAGGUAGGGGCGACGGCGGUGGCCGCGGUGGGGGCGGGAUGAGCAACAAUCACAGCUUCAGUGGUCAGGGCCAGAUCAACAGUAGCAACAGCAGCCUCAACAGCGAUGCUCAAGUCCGUCGACCGCCACCAAACAGGGAGCUGUACGACCCCAACUCGUCCCCGAAGCCGAGGCGCGGAGGCGGCAGUGAUGUAGCGGCUUCUCCUAGAUCCGGCACGCCGCGUGAAGACGAUCCAGGGUCACGUAUUCAAGCUGUUAGGGCGCCCAAGGGACCGGACGGCACGGGGAGAGGUGGUUUUGGGUUUUCCACUCGUAGCGGGUGA